GGCCUUACUACAUCUGCCGCAAUUGUCAAGGGAUUGUGUCCCCUCCCUCUCCCUCCCCUGCUCGUCCCACCUCGUCCCACUAUCGCCGUCGCCUUCAAUUAUCAAAAGCCAUUUGUCGUCUGCAUCAGAGUGGACCGAGUGCACUGUCGACACGUCUUCACCGAGUAGUGAGGCCAAGAAGAAGAUGAGGCCACACGAAGAUACCCACAAGCAGGCCAAUUCCCUGACCAGAAUAUUUCGAUAUGACGACAAUGGCGGCGACGACGACUUCGGAGGAGCUCGCUCUUCACAGCUACCUCCUACAUAUAAAUGUGUAUACAUAAGGUAUAUAUACCUAUGUACCUACCAGGUCCUGCGGCCUUUUGUGCACUGCAUCAUCAUUUUUUACUGCUGACUGUGCUCCGCUCGGCUGGAAGGCUCAAAUCGUUCACCAGUCAUGGAGCACGUGAUGAGCACACGGCAACCAACAAGGGUUUGAGGAUGAACAACCUCGGGACUUGAUCGACCAGCCCCAGAAUCUCAAAGGUCUAGCGGCUUGUGCACUUAACCUUCACCUUUCUUUGGUCCACUCACGAUGCUCCCUUCAUCCGAGGCCUUUGGGCCACGGCAUGUGAGAAAUGCUUCCUCGGCGAGAACAAACGCUUUUCACCACUCACAAUGGCCACUGGUGCGUCUGGACGACCGGCGAAAGAGCAUCAAUAGGCCGGGCGAGAUCGGGAAUGCCGGCGUAGGCGUUUACCAGAAGCUGUGUCUCUCAUAUAUACCUACCACGAGCUUUCGUCGGUUGUGACAUAAUGUCAAACCAGAUUCCCCCUCUCUGCCUGCUGUAGUUCCAUUGAUCAUUUUCCUCGUUCCCGCUACAUUCUCGCUGUAAGACCACUCCCAGCUGGUAUCUCGCAUCCUCAGCACGAGCAGCUACAAUCGACACGCUGGCGGAUACUUUGAAGAAGAUUGCUUCGUCAGUCGCUUCUGUCCUGCAACCCAUUUCAGUCGAUCCGCCCAUCUCAGGAGCCAUGUCGGGAGACGCUGAGCAGCAAGCCUUUGAGCAGGAGGUGAAGGAGGUGCAGCAAUGGUGGUCAGACUCAAGAUGGAGGUACACUCGCAGAGCCUACACUGCCGAGCAAAUCGUCUCCAAGCGUGGAACGAUCAAGAUUGAAUACCCCAGCAAUGUCCAGGCGAAGAAGCUGUGGAAGCUGGUCGAAGGUCGUUUCCAGGAAAAAACCGCAUCAGCAACAUAUGGUUGUCUCGACCCGGUGAUGGUGACUCAGAUGGCCAAGUACAUUGACACCGUCUACGUUUCGGGGUGGCAAUCGUCGAGCACGGCAUCCAGCUCAGACGAGCCCGGUCCAGAUCUUGCAGAUUACCCAUAUACCACUGUUCCCAACAAGGUGAACCACCUUUUCAUGGCUCAAUUGUUCCACGACCGCAAGCAGCGCGAAGAGCGCCUCAGCACCCCACCGAGCGAGCGAUCGAAGCUCAACAACGUCGAUUACCUCCGACCCAUUGUCGCUGAUGCUGACACCGGACACGGUGGUCUGACUGCUGUGAUGAAGCUCACCAAGCUCUUCGUGGAGAAGGGUGCCGCUGGCAUUCACAUUGAGGAUCAAAUGCCUGGUACCAAGAAGUGCGGACACAUGGCUGGCAAGGUUCUCGUCCCCGUGAGUGAGCACAUUAACCGGCUCGUGGCCAUUCGUGCUCAAGCAGACAUCAUGGGCGUCGAUCUCCUCGCUGUCGCUCGAACGGAUUCGGAAGCGGCCACUCUCAUCACAUCGACUAUCGAUCAUCGCGAUCACGCGUACGUGCUUGGAUCCACCAACCCGGCUCUCCAGCCACUCGGAGACCUCAUGUAUGCAGCUGAGCAAGCUGGCAAGGACGGACCGGCUCUCCAGGCCAUUGAGGAUGCGUGGACUGCCCAAGCCGGUCUGAAGCUCUUCCACGAGGCUGUGGCCGACACCAUCAACGCUGGCGUGCACGUGAACAAGCAAGGCCUGAUUGACGAGUUCAACAAGCAGGCCAAGGGCAAGAGUAACGCAGAGGCUCGUGCCAUUGCCAAGGGUCUGACGGGCGUCGAUGUGCACUUUGACUGGGACGCUCCACGGACUCGUGAGGGCUACUACCGAUACCAAGGUGGAACGCAGUGCGCCGUCAUGCGUGCUGUUGCAUAUGCUCCUUAUGCGGAUUUGAUUUGGAUGGAGAGCAAACUGCCUGAUUACGCGCAGGCCAAGGAGUUUGCUGAUGGAGUCCACGCCGCAUUCCCCGAGCAGAAACUCGCAUACAACCUCUCGCCUUCAUUCAACUGGAAGGCGGCCAUGCAGCCCGCAGACCAAGAGACGUACAUCAGCCGUCUCGCAAGCCUCGGCUACUGCUGGCAAUUCAUCACACUCGCCGGUCUCCACCAGACUGCGCUGAUUGCGGACCGCUUCUCGAAGCAAUACGCAGCACGUGGCAUGCGUGCCUAUGGCGAGAUUGUGCAAGAACCUGAGAUGGAAGAGGGCUGCGAGGUGGUCAAGCACCAGAAAUGGUCGGGAGCCAAUUAUGUCGAUGGUUUGUUACAAAUGGUGCAAGGUGGAAUCAGCAGCACUAGCGCCAUGGGUAAGGGUGUUACUGAAGAUCAGUUCAAGUAAUGUAGUCGAAGGGGAAGAUAUUGAAGGUACCUAUCCAGAGAUUUGUAAGUGUUACAAAUAUGACUGUUACAUACCUAUUUGACAAAAAAAGAAAGCAUUGGAGUCAGCAUACCUACCUAUUUUUUUGGGCCGGGCAUUAUGAAAUUCAGUUCACUCUGUACCCAACCUACCUAGGCAUCAAUCAUAGGUACCUUCUAGAUCUAUUACGGAUGUCACAAC